CAUUGCAGUACUUCCUCCUGGUUAAUUUUGAGCCCUUUUAGUGACUUCCUCUUGUCACCAAGAGGCAGCAUCUGUUUACUUGGCAAAGCCAGCUCUCCACGAAUUAAUUAUUCUUACUCUGGAUUAACAAAAUGCUGCACAAGAAACACAUUACGAGCUCUGUUCAGGUGUUGUCUUACCACUUUAUAUGUAACAUCUGGUGGAAUAUCCCCUGCAUUGGUUGGAAAUCAUGCGCGUAACACCAAUAUUCUAGAUAGCAUGGCAAAAAUUAAUAAGAAAGCAUCAAGUAACAACAGCCAAUCUGCAAGUAGUGAGAAAUCACUGCUUCUGAAACCUCUGGUCUCAAAACCAAAAGCCAAACAGAUCCAAGCUACACUGUUCCAGCCAGCCAACUCUAAAUUCAGCAGUAAAACUGUGGAAGAAAAAGCAAUUGAGGCUCCUUCUGUACAAUCAAUCAUCCCUGACAACAACAACACAGAAAACAAGAAGCCUAAGAAGACAGGUUUCCAACUUUGGUUGGAAGAAAGUCGAGAGGAUAUUGUUGCUGAAAGUCCAGGUUUAUCAGAAGAAGAAAUAAUUAAGGAAGGCAUGAACAGAUUCCGUGUUCUGUCAUCUGAGGAGAGGAAGACCUGGACGGAGAAAGCUAAAAGAAGCGGAAGCAUUGACAAUAUGCCUGAUGCAGAGGAUGCUCAAAAACGCAAGCGUGUGGAAGAGCUUCAUGAAGAUAACCUGGAAAGCAAAGAUGAAAACUCUGAAGCACCUGGAAGCUUGGCAAAAAAACAGAAACAACAGCAUGUAUCCACUAAUUCAAGAUUGGCUGCCUUUGCCUUCAAAAAGGAGUAGCAUUGCUGCAUAUUACUUGACCACAGUUUGAACAUUUCAGUAUUUCUACCACAUUUAUUGAUUUGUCAAUAGUUAUAUAGUUUAGACAAAACAAGACUGUAUAUUUUUUUAAAGUUCACAUUAAGGAUGCAAUUUGGCCAUUGUGUUCAUCCUGUACAGUGAUUUUUCUAGUUCAGCUAAAAAUGAUCUUGAGUAGAACAAAAACGUUUUUUUUAAAUGACAACUCUCUAUUUUAGGUGUGAUUGACCAAGGCCUAGUAGCUGGUUGUGUUAUCUGUAGUAUUUACUGCAAUGGUGUAUAGUGGAGAGUGGAAGCACAGGUCGUGGAUAGAAUGGCAAUAUCGAUAAAUCAAAUUAAUGUGCACCAAGACAACAUUUUUGAAAUACAUUUUCUUUGUUGUAAAUCAUAACCUGAGAAGUUUAACAGUAGUGAAUUGUAAUAAGGUGAACUCUGGAGACUUUAAUGGGGAUGUACGGAUAAAUUAUGAAUUCAGUGGAAUAUAAUUUUGAAACACCUGCUGCCCUUGGCACUUGCAAUUAAUUAGUUUCGUUAUUUCCAGUUAUUCAUCCACUUGCAAAGAAAUGUAGGUCAAAAUCUUCACAGAUUUCAGUGUUUUAUAAUUAUAUGUCAAUGUAUACUUAUGGCAAGAUAUUAGCUUUCGUUCAGCACAAGUUUUUUUUUAAGUUUGAAUUUUAAAUGUGUUUUUUUAUAGGAAUUAAACUGGAUCUCUUUCGGUACAGUAUUUGUAUUCCUCAUUGAUUUCUUAUAAGGUUUCAAGAGUAGUACAGUGUGUUAAAAUGAAAACGUAUCAGACUGAAAAGUAGAAAGAUAGCAAAGGUUCAGUUUGGACCUGAAUCAUUAUUUUGGUUCUCCAUCAUUUUGUCUUGACUUAUGGUUUUCUUUAGAUUUAUAAAUUGAUACCUUUAAUUUCCUCAAAAAUUAUAGAUAACCCUACAAGUAACAAAAUAAUUAACAUUAAAUGAUAACUGUGGUGGAAUAGGUUAUCUUUAAAUAAUCAAGAAAUAUUAUUUGUCUCAGCACAUCAAGUUUCAUCAUAUAAUGAAACAAUAAAGCUGUAUGCAGACAGAUCCCUUAAUGCUUGAGUUUUUCUAUUCACUCAUGAGACAUGGGUAUUGCUGGCUGGCCAGCAUUUAUUGCCUGUACCAAGCUGCACGAACAGUGGCUCAGUUCAUUUCAGAGGACAGUUGAAAAUGCAUGCUAAGGGUCUGGAGUCACAUGCAGUCCAGGUGAGGGUGGCAGAUUUCCUGCCCAGAAGGGCAUUAGUGAGCCAGAUGGAUUUUGCCAACAAUUGACAGUGGCAUUUUUCAUUGAGUUUUCAUAGAGUCCUUACAGUGUCGAAUCAAGCCCUUUGGCCCAACAAGUCCACACCGACCCUCCGAAGAGUAACCCACCCAGACUCAUUUCCCUUUAUUUCCC